UCCAGACUGACUUGACUGCUGCUUGACAAUACAGAUACUGACCCAAUCAACCAAUUAACCAAUCAACGAGUUCCAGACCGCAGCUAGGCCCCGCCCAGUGACCAGGAUGGCUAAAGGCACUCCAGGGAAGCCCAAAGGCAAGAUGUCCUCCUACGCCUACUUCGUUCAGACCUGCCGCGAGGAGCACAAGAAGAAGACCCCUGAGAUACCUGUCAACUUCGCUGAGUUCUCCAAGAAGUGCUCCGGAAGAUGGAAGACGAUGUCUGGUAAGGAAAAGGGGAAGUUUGACGACAUGGCGAAGCAGGAUAAGGUGCGUUACGACAACGAGAUGAUGCACUUCGCCCCUGGAGGCAAGAAGGGAAGGAAGAAGGACCCCAACGCACCAAAGAGGCCCUCCUCUGGUUUCUUCAUCUUCUGUGCGGACCACCGGCCCAAGAUCAAGGCCCAGCACCCCAGCCUGGGCAUCGGGGACGUGGCCAAGAAACUGGGGGAGCAAUGGAACAACCUGACUGAUGCCACCAAACAGCCCUACCUGAUCAAGGCCAACAAACUCAAAGACAAAUACCAGAAGGACGUUGCUGACUACAAGUCCGGUAAGGGCAAGGUGGUAGUUCCGAGCAUGGCGAUGGCCCCUAAGCCCAUAACGAAGAGUAAUAUGGACGACGAUGAUGAUGACGACGAUGAGGAAGAUGAGGAGGAGGAUGAUGAGGAGGAGGAUGACGAGUAGAUCGACUGAGUUCUGUUUUGUGUUUUAUUAUGAUGGUGACGAUAAUGAUGAUUAUUAAGUAAUGCGUUUUCCUUUCCAGUUUGAAAUGCGAUUUUUAGGGUUAAGAAGAAACACAGGUGAUAUCUUUUUAUGUUCCUUAAUGACAUUGCUCCGCACCCUGCCCUCCUUCAUUCUACUCCCUCCUUCCAACCCUUUGUUGUUUUGACGUUGUCACUAUGUUGAUUUUGUGUUAACUGCUUCUGUAAAGUUCUCUUUGUACAUUGUCAUGUUAAAAUGUUGAGACUGUACGUUACUAUGGCAAAUGUGAUUGAACUCGAAGUAUAUCCCUAAUACCCCCCCCCCCCCAACAGCUGUGUGUGUGUCUGUGUGUGUGUGUUUGUGUUACCGUCCCCAUCUCACCAGCACUGUCCAGUGUCUUCCUCAAAACCCGCCUAGCAAUGUCUCUUUAACAGGCUCUAUAUCGAUUCAACGGAGAAGCAUUUAAAACCAGUGGUAGCAUUGCAGUAUAUAUAAACACCUUUUUGUUUCUGGGAUUCGUCCCAAAUUACACCUUAUUCCUUAUAGAGUGCACUACUUUUGACUAGGGCCUAUAAGGAAUCCCAUGGAGCUCUGGUUAAAAGUAGUGCACUAUAUAAGGAAUAGGGUGCUAUCUGGGACUUUGUUUUAAAAGAAUGUGCAAGGUGUUGUGUUACUGUAUAUGGUUGACUUAGACUUUAGUCCAUGUUUUUUGUUGUUGUUUUUUUAUGAUUAUUUUUCUGAGGCCGCCAGAUGUAAGGUGAUUUCUGAUUGCACAUAUCUAGUAGGGGUGGUGUUGUUGUAUCUAGGUGGCUGUUUGUGUAGCUGUGUGUUGGUUGUUGCACCAGGAAGUGUUGCCAUGGUGAAACUAACUCCCAGUUCAACAGCCUCCCGUGUAAACGAACAGUUAAUACUAUGGUUCAGGGUCGUUUAGUAACUUCCACUACAGUCACAUUUUCACUUAGUCAUGCAUUGAUGUCAAUGGGAGACAAAGUGAAAAUUUGACUUAAGUGAAACUUAAGAUUCGCUCCUUUGAAACCGAGGAGGAUGGAAACAUCCAAAUAACAGUAUAUAAUGGAAACUAUCAUUUCCUUUUUGGCUAAGUGCAUUUUUGCUAUUAAUCGUUCGUUGUUGUAAGAUCUCUCAUGAUGAAAAACAAAAAACGACACAGAGUGAAAAAGCACGACUAUUGAAGAUAAUAAACCUGUACUUAUCUGUAUCUAAGAUUUUUUCUUUUUUGUAUGUUUAGAAAAAGCUAUGUUUGGAAUUAUUAUUAAAGUAUGACAUUUUUACACAUGG